UGCUGUCCUCUUCUUUUCUUCACACUCCUGUUUGAGAACCACCACAGCCAUGCCUUCGGACCUUGAAAAGGCUAUGGAGUCCCUGAUUUUGGUGUUCCACCGCUACGCGUCCAGAGAGGGGAACACCAACACUCUGAGCCGGCGUGAGCUCAGGGAGCUGAUGGAGAACGAGCUCUCCAACUUCCUCAGGUCUCAAAAAGACCCUGGUACAGUGGACAAGAUUAUGAGGGACCUGGAUACAAAUCGAGACGGAGAAGUGAGCUUUGAGGAGUUUGUGUCUUUAGUGGUUGGUCUGUCCAUUGCCUGCGAACAGUGUUAUCAGUUACAUUUGAAGAAGUUAGGAGCCCGAAAAUGAAAAGGCGAGCAACGAGGAUUAACGAGCAUUUACACUUUUGUGCUGUAAUAAUGAUGUUGUCCUUUAAUUGCAGAUUGUGCCGUUGCCUUUAAAACUGGAAACGAACAAUAUAUGUAUGUAUGAGUGUUAAUAAAAGUGAAAUUGAAACAAAA